AUGUUCGGCGCGAAUACCGGCGGCUUCGGCGGCUUUGGCCAGGCGGGCCAGCAGCAGCAGCAGCAGCCCGGUGCCGCGCAGCCGGGCCAGCAGGCGGGCGGCCUCUUCGGCGCACAGCCGCAGCAGCCGCAGCAGGGCGCCUUUGGUGGCUUUGGUGCGCAGCCGCAGGCGUUCGGCGCCCAGCAGCCAGCAGCCGGCGGCGGUCUCUUUGGCGCACAGCCGGCGCAGGCACCCGCAACAGGCGGCUUUACCUUCGGGCAGCCGCAGAAUGCGCAGCAGCCACAGACCGGCGGCUUCGGCCAGCCGGCGCAGGCGCAGCAGCAGCAGCGUCCGGCCUUCGGCGGCUUCGGCGGCUCGCAGCAGACGAGCACGUUCGGCGGCUUCGGAGCUCAGCCCGCAGCGACAACGACCUUCGGCGCACCUACAGCUGGCGGCUUCGGCGCGAAGCCGGCCACCGGCGGCCUCUUCGGACAGCCCGCACAGCCCGCUGCACAGACCGGCUUCGGCGCGCAGCCGCAGACCGGCGGGCUCUUUGGCGCGCCUGCGGCCGCCGCCAUGCCCACCGCAGGCACCUCCAACCCGCCUUACCAGCUGUUCAUCAACUCUGAGCCCGACGCAAACGGUCAAAACAAGCACGACUACGCAUAUCAGUGCAUCACCAUGAUGCCCGCCUACCGACAGGCAUCGCUGGAGGAGCUGCGCCUGCAGGACUACCAGCAGGGGCGCAAGUCGGGCACCGGCGGGCCGCCCGCAGCUGCGUCGGGCUUCGGCGCUCAGCAGCAGCCGGCCUUCGGCCAGCCUCAGCAGCAGCAGGGCGGCUUGUUCGGGCAGCAGCCGCAGCAGCAGCAGACAGGUCUGUUCGGCGCGCAGCCCCAGCAGCAGCAGACCGGCGGGCUCUUCGGCCAGCCGGCGCAGCAGCCCGCUGCUGGAGGUCUGUUUGGACAGCAGAACACCACGACAGGCGGCGGUCUGUUCGGAGCACCGCAACAGCAGCAGCAGCAGCCGACAGGAGGCCUCUUUGGCCAGCAGCAACAGCAGCAGCCCGCCAGUACGGGCUUCACCUUUGGCGGCGCAUCAGCUGCACCCGCUGCGCCGGCUGCGGGUGCUACCGGCGGCUUCACCUUUGGCCAGACGCCUGCCGCCAAGCCGGCGACGGGCGGGCUCUUCGGCAGCACAGCCGGUGCGUUCGGCGCUGCUCCGGCAGCCUCGACCAGCGGCUUCGGCGGCUUUGGAUCGACGCUGGGCCAGCAGCAGCCGCAACAGCAGCAGCAGCCUGCCCAGACCGGCUUUGGCGGCACCUCGGGCGGCUUCACGUUUGGCGGCGCCCCGGCUGCAUCUGCUGCGCCUAAGCCCGGAGGUCUCUUUGGCAGCGCACCGCAGACCUCGUCUGCCCCGUCCUUCGGUGGCUUUGGCGCCGCCUCGAGCGCGCCAGGGGCAGCUGCAGCCAAGCCGGCCUUCAGCUUCGGCGGCACAAGUGGAGCGACCGCCGGCGGUGCUGCGGCGCCUGCCACGGGCGGCCUGUUCGGCAACUCCCAGCCGGUCGCGACCGCUCAGCCGGGAGGUCUCUUCGGUGGUCUCGGCGGCGGCUUCGGACAGCCGCAGGGACAGCAGCAACAGGGUCAGCAGCAGCAGCAGCAGCCCGCAUCGGGCUUCGGCGGGGGUCUCUUCGGCGCCAAGCCAGCGACCGGCGGCCUCUUCGGUGCUCCGGCUGGCCAGCAACAGCAGCAGCAGCCUGCUGCCGGCGGCGGCCUCUUCGGCGGUGGCGGAGGACUCUUCGGCAACACAGCAGCGAAGCCGGCCGCGCCCGGCGGAGGUCUCGGCGGCUCGACCGCCUUCCCGAGCUCAGGACUCUUCGGCGGUAGCAGCAGCGGCGGCGCCCUGUUUGGCGGCGGUGCGCAGAAUCAGGGCGCGUCCACCGGCGGUCUCUUUGGACAGAGCCAGAACAACCAGGCGGCACCCGGCGGCGGCCUCUUCGGCGCGUCCACGCUCGGCGGCCAGCAGAACCAGCAACAGCAGGGUCAGCAGGCCCAGCAGCCCAACUUCCAGGCCAGCCUCAACCAGGACCCGUACGGCACCGACGCGCUCUUCGCGAACGGCGCCCAGGGCGGUGCUGGUGGCGCCGCGAGCCAGCCGCCGCUGCCUUUCAACGUCUCCGCCAGCGCCAGCAAGCGUGCGCCACCUCUCGUCGCGCCCUUCCGCAACUCGCCGCGCAACGCCGCGAAGAUCACGCGCCUGCGAGGCAGCACGCCUGGCGGCGCGAUGGGCUUCUCGACGCGCGAUGGCACGCCUGGACGCGAGGGCACGCCCGGCGCGAACCUCUUCGGCAGCAGUCUCGCCCGCCACGGCUCGCCGGCGACGGGAGGCGCAAGCCUCUUCCGCGGCCUCAGCGACGAGCAGGUCUACGGCAACGGUGGCGCGCGUGGCGAGUCGCUUCCGCCGCAGGCCUUCGUCUCACGCCCGAGCGUGAAGCGGCUGGUGCUUGACGACUCGCCGGCAGCCGGGUCUGCUGGCGCGAGCAACAGCUUCUCGCGCUCCAUCUUCGGCGCCUCCUCGCGUGCCGGCAGCGUGGCGCCUCGCGCGGGCAGCGUCAUUGCGCGCGAUUCGUCGCCUUUCAGCAGCAACCUGCGCGGCGGCACCGCGCCUGCCGUGCAGCGCGUCGCCUUCUCGCCUGCUCUGGAGACCGGCUCGUCCGCUCGGCGAGGCCUGCCUGUGCGCGCCAACGAGCCCACGACGCCGAACGAGGGAGACGCCUCCUUCGCCAGCUCGGUGUUCAACCGCAACGACACGCCCAGCCGCCCGGUCGGGAGCCGCGGCGCGCGCGAGGACCCCGACUCGUCUCUGCCCAGCCUCUCCGCCAACAAGCCGGCGCAGCAGGCUCCGCCGGCGAACGACAACCUGCCUCUCGACUACUACACCUCGCCGCCGCUGCGCGAGCUCGACACGUGGGGCGCGGCGGAGCUCAGUGCUGUGCCGUACUUCGUCGUCGGCCGCAAGGGCUACGGCUCCGUGCGCUUCGUGCAGGCCGUCGACCUGACGUCUGUCGGUGACCUGCGCGACGUGCCCGGCGGCAUCGUGCAGAUCCGCUCCAAGGAGUGCUUCGUCUACCCCGACGAGGACGACUGCUAUGACCCCGAGACUGGCGAGCUGCUCGACGGCGUGCGGCCUGGCUUUGACCCCUCCACGGUCGUCAAGGCGCCGCAGGGCUCUGGUCUCAACGUGCCUGCCGUCGUGUCGCUCGAGAAGUGCUGGCCGACUGACCGCGCCACGCGUCAGCCGCUUAAGGACGCAGACCACCCCCGCGUCAAGCAGCACAUCACCAAGCUGCAGCGCAAGGAGGAGACGAAGUUCGAGGAGUACGAGGCGCAGAGCGGCACGUGGCGCUUCCGCGUCGAGCACUUCUCGCGCUACGGCCUGGACGACAGCGACGAGGAGGACGGCGCCAAUGCUGCGGCAGCCAAGGCUGCUGCGGCUGGGCCCUCGAGCUCGACGCCUGCGCGGAAAAGUGCGCGGCCCGCUGCGUCCGCGGCAAAAGAAACGCCGAACUCCCGCAAGGGCGGCGCACCGCCCAGCCGCGCGCUCGGCGACGCGGACGACGAGGAACCCGACGAUGGGAUGGACGCAGACGACACGCAGUCCAGCAGCAGUUCGAUGCGCGCCAGCGAGCUGACGAGCCCGCCCCAUUUUAGUGGCGCCCGCGUGUGGGAAGCGCGGGCGGAAACCCCACGCCUCAGCUCGGCCGCUGCACAGCACCAGGCUGAAGGCUCACCUGCGCCGUCGUGGUCCUCUGCAGCAGCAGGCCGGACGGCGGACUCGCGUCGCGUGCAGGUCAUGCAAGCGAGCUUCUUCGGCCAGACGCCGAAGCAGGCUUCGCCAGCGCCUGCCCAGCCGGCCGCACCGGCCAGCAGUACGACGCGCAAGCAUCCGCGCACCAGCGUGCCGGGUGCUGCCGCGCCGCUGAGCGGGCGCUCGACGUUCUCGAGCCCUGCACCGGCGGCUCGUGUGCCGGCAGUCAUUCCUGCCACCGAACUGCCGGUCGCCACCAGCUCGGCCCCGCGCAAGUUCAUCCGCACCGACCCUGCCCGCUCGGCAGUUGCAGGCUCGGAGCACCUCACCGUCGAUGCCGGCCUGGCCAGGGGCCGCAGCUUCCGCGUCGGCUGGGGCCCAGACGGCACAAUUGCGCACAUCGGCAAGCUCGUCACUGGCCCCGCCGCAGCGAGCAAGUCCACGCCCGCCACCUCGAGCGAAGCUGAGGAGAGCCCGUCGUCUUCGACAGUCCGGCUCGAGAAGGUCCGCUUCUUCAAGGUCGGCGGCAGCGAGGUGGCAGACAUGGAGCGUUUGCUGCGGCUGCAGCUCGACCACUCGGAGAUCGAGGCAGAAGACGACGCUGACGAUGCGUUCGACGACGACUCGCAGGCCGCGAUCUUCAACAGAGGCUGUCCGGCUGCAUACAUCCGCCCCGAGACGCGCUUCCGCGACUUUGCUGCCUCUUUCGACAGCAACGAUCGCAGCCAUGAGGCAGUGCUCUGGCGCAUGGGCGUAGCCCUCUUCGACGAGAUCGACUUGCGCCUGCCAGCAGAGGCGUCACGAGAGCUGCAGCACAAGGCCAUGGCGAUUCGCCGCAAGGCUGCGCUCUCUGCCUGCCUUGCGCACGCCGUCGCGUCGACCGUCGAGGCCGAGUCGCGAGGGCACGUCGCUGCAAGCCGUGACGCCGCUCUCGUCUUCACGUUCCUCACCGGCAAUCAGCUGGAGCGCGCAUGCGGGGCCGCCAUCGAGGCGGGCGACGUGCGCCUCGCAACGCUAGUGGCGCAGGCUGGCAGCGGCGACGAUGAGGCACGCGCCGAUGUUAGCGACCAGCUGGCAACAUGGCGGCGCGAGGCUGUCGAUGCGCACAUCUCGAAGGACCACCGCCGCGUCUACGAGCUGCUCGCUGGCAACGUCACCCUGUCGGAAGGCACCGCGGCGCGCUCGGUGCGCGACCCCAUCGACCAGGUGGAGGACCUGCAGAUCGCUGCGGGCCUGGACUGGAAGCGCGCGUUCGGUCUGCACCUGUGGUACGACACUGCGCACGAUGCAACCCUGACGAGCGCCGUCGAGCGCUAUGAGGCAGCCGUCGGCGGACGCGGCGCCACCGCGCCUCCGCUGCCGCCGUACCGGGAGAGCUCAGCCCUCGGCUCGCAGCGCAUGCGCCAACUCGUCCAGGCCAACACAUACGAGCGCGAUGGCAUCUUCCAGCUCAUCAAGCUCUUUGCCUUCCCGGCGCACGACCUGGAGAGCGCUCUUACGCCGUCUGGCUUCGGCCCCGCACUGGCCGAUCUGCGCCUGCCCUGGCACCUGUAUCAGCUCCUCUCGCGUGCGCUGCGCCACCGCGACUUUGGCGACCGGCUCGAUCUCGGCGUCGAGUCCGGCGUCGAGCUGCAGGCAGCCGGCUUCGAGGGCAAUAGCGCUCGUGCCGACGGCCUCACGUCGGGCUAUGCGCAGCAGCUCGAGCUGCAGGGCCAGUGGCUCUGGGCCGCCUUCGUGCUGCUGCACCUCGAGCUGCCGCAGAGCCGCGAGGCGGCCCUCAAGGCACUGCUGGCGCGCAACGUCAGCAAGCUGGGCGACGACGCCGACCCAGCCUCGGAGCAGUUCCUCACCGAGCGCCUGCGCAUUCCGCGCGCGUGGAUCUUUGAGGCGCGCGCCCACGAGGCGCGCAGCCGCGACGACCGCUUCGAGGAGUACGAGCUGCUGAUCUUUGCCGGCCAGCUCACGGAGGCGCACGCCAUUGCCGUGCGCCACCUGGCGCCCGAGGCGAUCAUCCGCGGCGACCUCGACGUGCUGCUCACGCUCUUUGCGCCGUUCCACGAGGCGAACCUGCCAGGCGGCCUCGACGACAUGGCCGGCUGGAAGCAGGGCGGCCGCGUGUACGUCGACUAUGUGGCGUGCGUCAAGCACCUGCCCUACCUGCUCGCGCAUCGCGAGGGCAACGGCCUGGACGCUGCCGACGAGGACAAGCUUGCGCGUCUUGCGCCGCGAGUCGCCGAGCUGCUCGAGCUCGUGCCCGGCCUCUUCCAGGACGCAAAGACGAGCCUCACGCAGACGGUCGCGCGCAGCGACAUGCUCGCUGCACUGCACAACCUGGCGCGCGCCCUGUCGGUGCGCAGCCUGGCGCCCGAGCCGAGCGGCGCCUGGGAUGCGUCGGCGCCGCCGGAGGUCGAAGCGCUGCAGAACGCCGCCAACGACUACUGCGCGCUGCUGAUUGGCGCGACGGCGGCGUGA